CAGCCGAGGGGCCGGGCGAGGCGAGUCCUCCGGGGCGGCCCCGAAGCCGCGGGAGUUCGGGGCGGGGCCGAGGCCGGCGGCGCCACCGGUUCAGGUGUUGCGGCGGCUCCACGUCGCCCUAGCGGCCCGCGGGGCUGGAGCGCGCGGAGCCCGGGGCGCGCCCGGCGGCGUGAGAGCCCGGACGGGCCGCAGCGUCCGAGCCGGGCGGCCAUGGCGGGCCCGGGCCCCGGGGACCCCGACGAGCAGUACGACUUCCUGUUCAAGCUGGUCCUGGUGGGCGACGCGAGCGUGGGCAAGACGUGCGUGGUGCAGCGCUUCAAGACGGGCGCCUUCGCCGAGCGCCAGGGCAGCACCAUCGGCGUGGACUUCACCAUGAAGACGCUCGAGAUCCAGGGCAAGAGGGUCAAGCUGCAGAUCUGGGACACGGCCGGCCAGGAGCGCUUCCGCACCAUCACCCAGAGCUACUACCGCAGCGCCAACGGCGCCAUCCUGGCCUACGACAUCACCAAGCGGAGCUCCUUCCUGUCGGUCCCUCACUGGAUCGAGGAUGUGCGCAAGUACGCAGGCGCCAACAUCGUGCAGCUGCUGAUCGGGAACAAGGCGGACCUGGCCGAGCUCCGGGAGGUGCCGCUGGCCGAGGCCCAGAGCCUGGCCCGGCACUACGACAUCCUGUGCGCCAUCGAGACCUCGGCCAAGGACUCGCGCAACGUGGAGGAGGCCUUCCUCAGGGUGGCCACGGAGCUCAUCAUGCGGCACGGCGGCCCCUUGUUCAGCGAGAAGAGCGGCGACCACAUCCAGCUGGACAGCAAGGACGUGGCCGAGGGCUGGGGCUGUGGCUGCUGACCGGCCUCUGUCCCCCUCCGCCCCCCUGGCACCUUCCAGAGCUGGGGGAGCCGCGGGGGCCACCCUGUGACCCGCCACCCUGUGAUCCGGCAGGUGGGAGCCCGUCCUUCACAUGCCAAGACUGGCCUGAGCCCCACAGGGCCACCACAGUGGGAGAGGGGCUGAGGUCCACCCUGUGACCACCUUCUGCCCAGCAGGUGGCUGGCACCCUAGCUUCUUCCAGAUCAUUCUGGAACCUUCUAGAUCAUUCCGGAACCUUCCGGAUCAUUCCGGAACCUUCUAGAUCAUUCUGGACCCUUCCAGAUCAUUCCAGAACCUUCCAGAUCCCUCUGGAGCCCAGAGAGCAAGAUGACCUGGGCAGCCAACUGGACUCGUCCCUCGGGCUGCCCUUCCUCCUCACUGCCAGCCUCAGGCCCCACACUCUGGGCCUGGCUCGUCACCUUAUCAGGACCUCGGGUUUUCCUGGUUUUCCAUGGAGCUUGUCAAGUGGCCCAAGAGUGGGGUCGUGGCCUGUGGCCAGCUGGACACUGCGUUGGCUUGGGGCCCAGGGACUGGCCACUCAGGUUGCACCGUAGCUGAUCCGUCAGUGCUGGCUCAGAAGUCUGGCCAGUAGGGGACGAGGCAGGGACAGGCCUCGGAGGCUAGGGCAGCUCGGGAGGCCCUGGGUCCCUCCUCAGUGCCAGGACAGACGGAGGACUCCUCAAGACGGUUCGGGGGGACCUGGAGGCACGAGCCUGUCAUCCCAGCAGCUUGGGAGGCUGAGGCUGGAGGAUUGCAAAUUGGAGGCCAGCCUCAGCAACUCAGGA